GAAUGGGAGCAGCACGAAUGGUGCUGCACCCCACAGGGGUCCCACACGCCAGGACACAGCACCCACCAUCCCAAAAACCCUGUGUCUGCAGUGCAGCAGAGCCCGUGUGGACCCUUCACCGCAGCCGCGGCAGGGAUGGCUAAAAAUAGCCGGCACCGGCUUCUUGCAACCACCGCGGUGCUAAAUAUAGCCCGUAUCGACCGGACCGCGGGACCGGCCUCCCGGGAGAGAAGUUCCAGGAGUGCCCGUCGGACACAGGAGCCAACAUGAACGUGGGAACAGCCCACAGCGAGGUGAACCCCAACACCCGUGUCAUGAACAGCCGGGGAAUCUGGUUGUCCUACGUGCUGGGGAUUGGCCUGCUGCACGUCGUGCUGCUCAGCAUCCCCUUCUUCAGCGUCCCCGUGGUUUGGACUCUUACCAACAUCAUCCACAACAUGAGCAUGUACAUCUUCCUGCACACGGUGAAGGGGACUCCCUUUGAAACCCCGGACCAGGGGAAGGCGCGGCUGCUGACACACUGGGAGCAGAUGGACUACGGGGUGCAGUUCACGGCCUCGCGCAAGUUCCUCACCAUCAUGCCCAUCGUCCUGUAUUUUCUAACCAGCUUUUACACAAAGUACGACCGGAUACACUUCAUCAUCAACACCAUCUCCCUCAUGAGCGUCCUGAUCCCCAAACUGCCUCAGUUCCACGGAGUCCGGAUCUUUGGGAUCAAUAAGUACUGAGCUGUGCGGCUGGAGGGAGCGGAAGAGGAGCAGGGGAGAGGGGGAAGAUCCUUCUCUCCCGUCCUGUUUCCUCACCCCACGCACACUGGGAUGUGAUUUCACAGCAGCUGUUUAACUGCAGUAUCCAAUAGACACACACCACAUGCUGGAUCCUCAUGCCCAAUAAAUCUAAACAAGCUCCAGAGCAGAGUGUAGCACGGAGCAGGACACGUGCCGCUGGAUCCGCUCUAUCCCAGCAGAUACACUGAGACUUCAAGGUACAACGAGGAGGAAUUCUGGGGAGAUUUUCAUCUCUCCCAGACAUUGAACGACAGGGAUAGGGAUGAGGGGAAAAGCUUUUAGUGCUGGUACUAUUGCUGUGGUAAAUGCACUUUAAAAAUGUAUUUCCCUGUCUGAAGGUAGGUUCUUUAAACAAUAUGUGGGGGAAAUUCAAAGGGACACAGCCAGACUGUCCCAGCGCUCGAUUGUUUCGGGGUUUGAGUUCCAGUUUUGGGCAGGGGAGUGGGAAGAGGAAGAGAAAUACAGAUUUUUAUUUUGCAAUCUUUUACGCCACUGAGAAAGCAAGUUCUUUUACUAAAAACAGCACAGGAAGGAAUGACCUGCACUUUGACCAAGCUUUCAGUUUUCAAUGAUACUAUUUGCGUGGUUCAGGGAAAAGGUCCAUAGAUCCCAAAUCAUACUUGUUAUUUUCAGCUUGUACCAGAAUGUGCCCAGCUAACUCUGCUUCCCACCCCAAACUACUCAUUUAUAAGCACAGAGUGCUCAGGUGGGAUCACUAGCCAGGGUGAGGGAGCUGCAGGAGAGCAACACUACUGAGCAGCACCAGCAGGAUGCAGGGGUCACUGAUUAUUUAGUAGAGGAAACAAAAUUGAGCCUUUUCCUUAUCAAGUUACCACCUAAAUAAAGCAGGUUUAGAUUUCCUGGCUGUGAAGGCUUUCUGCUGUUCAAAGCAAUCUAGCUUUCUUUUAGGCUGUGUGCCAGAUGAAAUGGGGUUUUUUCCCCCCCCUCACACUUCCCCUGUAAGCUGCGGACAGCCUGGAUUUUUGUUGUCUUGGCAUUUAAUAUUGUCUCACACUUUUGACAAUGGUAUAAACAUUUUAAACAUGCUAUUUUUGUUCCUGCAUUAGCCAAUUCUAGCUUUAGAGGUCAUGGUGGAUAUUGUGGAGCUGUUUGGUGGUCUGAGCAUAGGACAUGGACAGGGAACUUCAGGGUUGUGUGUAAGAUCUAGCACAACUCUGUGCAUCAGUUUGGGCAAGCUGCUUGACUUCUGGACUGCUGCAGAGAUGGGAAGAACCUUUAGUGUCCCUCAGAAGGCUGCUGGGAUGCACAGGGAAUCAUUACUGAAGGUGUUUGAUCAUUGGAAAUAUUCUAAGUGAAAAAAGUUUUCAAGAAGGUAAAAGAAAAGAGUCUGGCUCAAAACCCAAGUGCUGUUCUCCAGAGAGGGAGGUUGGCAGACAGGCAGUUUCCUUGAGGGGGUUAAACCUUUGAACCUUCAUGACUUAAAGACAGCUGCUCUAGAGAAGGUACUAUACACCCUAAAGCUUAUGGACUCUUUGAGCUACUAGACAAUGACUUUGGAAAACAAACAAAAAAUAGUUAAAAAAAUGGAGAUAUUUCAAUCAGCAACAUACCUUUGAAAUGGCUAAGGAAUGAACAAUGUCAGUGCCUGGAAUGCUCCUGGAAACGCCGCUGCCUUCGGAGCUGCAGUGUCCUUCCCAAGAUGGCUGGGGCUGGAUCGUGGAUGCAGACUGUGCUGCUUCACAGACAGGCUGGCCUGCCAGUGGUAAAUCUCCAGAGGAAGGAAAACUAUUUAUUUUGGUAGAAUACCAGGGGAAAACAUCAACUUUUCUGCAAUAGAAACAAUCGCUGUAUGCUUAAAACCAUUGCUCCUACAUAGACAUAUAGUGGUUAUUGCUGAGCAUGUGCACAGCACACAAAAAAGUCAAAGCAGUUUGGAUUUUUUAGCAUAGGUAUAAAUUGAAGGUGGGACUCAGCUCUGCUGGCUGAAGUGCAGCACUUCACAGUCCCUGAGGGCCCUGGCAUUACAUGUUCUCUGUGCUGUUAACUGACACGAUGGACAUCUGAUUCUACUUUGUUAAAUUAAAGUUAGACUGUAAAACAGAUGGGAUAUAAACUUCUCAAAAAGGCAGUUUUUAAAGCAUCGAGUCUAAAGCUUCUCAUUUGGCAAAGCUGUGAUUAUAAUAGGAAGUUUGUCCGAUUUACCUUGUUCACACCAAUUAUUUUAAUCACAGGUAUGUGUCACAUGGCAAAUGUCAUUCUUUACUACACAGGGAUGGCAUUUCUGGCACAGAAUAACUGCAGUUAACUUGGAUUCAUACAAUUAAUCCAAUCAAGGGAAAUAUAGAUGAGAUCUGGAAAAAUACAGAAAGAAGUGAGAGAGCUGAAGAUUUCAUGUUAAUUAUGUGCUAAGUAUCUAUGUAAGAUUAAUAAUUACUUGAACAAUGCUACAUCUGAUAGUAUCUUCCUUAAGAUCCCAUCUUAGGAUAGGUAUCAGAAUUAAUCAAAAAUAGAAAAGAAACUAUAAGUUAAUUGUAAUUAAACCACAGUCUCAACUGCUACUUUUACUGGAGGGAGCUUGAUGUGGAAGUUACUGGUGGAGCCCCCUCGCACACCGGGCGUGCGGCUCCUCCUGCCCGUGUCACGGGAGCCAGCGGAUCCGACUGAGCUUCCGCUGGGAAACCCCCACGGCAGCGGUGGGGAAGGAAUGGACACAGCUCUGGGUCUCCUGGGACCCCGCACUGCAGCCACGUCUGGUUUGCUUGUGUUUGUUACAGGUUCAGCCCUCGAAGGCUGAUCUUGCACAGCCACAAGCUGAAGAGCAUAAGUCAAAACGCUAAAACUCAUGGGAUAACUGAUUGCUGAGGAAAGGGGGAUGGCGACAGCGGGGUCAGGACGAGGGGUUUUCAGCCACCUACCUGCAGCUGGCAGAGCAGCAAUCCCAGGGGAAGCCCACCUUCCUCAUGGAGAGCCAGAACUGAGCUCAAAGACUGUCUGCUCAUUCUUUUAGACUGUAGAAUUUUCUCUGAGUACCUGUGGGAGGAGACAAUUGAUCGUUAUUGAUUUUAAAUGGGGUUUUGCUCACGUUACACUUGACGCAUUUUCCUCCCAAACGUGUGCUGGUUCCUGGGCAGGGAGCAGGGCAAACAGCUGCUGCAGAUGGGAGGUGGGCUCUGGCCUGUGACAGAGGAACAAUUACAGGAGAAGCAGGAACUUAAAACACUUUUCUGUUUUGUUCUGGCAUGAAUGCUCAAUGAGAAAAGCUUCAGGGGAGUCAGAAAACAAAUCAAGUACCAACAUUCGUGUCUGGUGAUUCGAUUAACGCAGCUAACGGGAGGUCAGACAGUCCAGCCCUUGGCAGGAAAAAGCCUUUCAGGGGAAAAAGGCCUGAGAUCUAAAGCUACUUAAUUCCUGAGUAAUUUUAUUUUAACCCUUGUUUAAUUCUUUGUUUGCUUUAAGAGAAGCAUGGUACUGGCCCUUGAAAAGGGGACAGAGCUGGUUCCCAUGGCUAACACAUCCAUAUUUCUCAUUGUGACUUAUGUUGCUUUAUCAUUGCCUAUUCUCUCUCUUAAGCAUGCAAGUGUUUGUGUACCCGUAUCCUCCUUGGAUCUGUUUAAGUGAGCUGAAUUAGUUGUUUGGUUUUUUUUUAACGGAACAUUCUGACAUUGUACAAAGUUCUAGGGUUUUUUUCAAGUAGCCCUUUUUGCUGUGUAUACAGAAGUCUCAUGUAGAGAACUUUCUAAAAUAAAGUGUGAAUAUUUUUAUUACUCCUUUGUACAGUAUUCUAAGAGAAACUAAUAAAAUAUUCAUGUAAAAA